AUGGGGAACAAGUCGUAUGCAUGCUCUAUUGCAGGGUUAUUAGACCCAACGGGUAAAUUAUUCGGCAGCAGGAUUAUAAGCAGAGAUGAUAAUUUCGGGUGUUUUGACAAGGACAUAAAGAGACUCUUCCCAACAAAUUCUAAACACGUGGUAAUAUUAGAUGAUAGACCAGAUGUAUGGGGAUUUGUUGAUAAUUUAUACCCAAUAAGACCGUAUUACUACUUCCAAACAGAUGAUAUAAACAGUCCUGAAGCAUUACAGGGCAUGAAAAGUGCACUUUCUGAGGAUGUAAGGAAUAGUCCAGUAGGAGAAGUAUUCAGAAACAAAAAUGACUUAAUCGAAUUAAUUGACAGAGAGUGUAUAUUAACGUAUUUUGACAAUGAAUUAGAAAAAGUACUUUCUGGGUUAAAGGAGGUGCACACAGAAUUCUUCUCAACGCAGCAGGACACUGCAAGUAUCCUCAAAAAAAAGAAAGAAAUUUUCAAAGGGUGCACAGCAGAAAUAUUUUCAAGUGUGAAUGAGUACACGCUUUAUUUAAAUCUUUUGUUUAAGCACCAUGGCGGACAGACUUUUAGUCAUGGUUCAGUAAAUAAAGUGACACACCUUAUUACAACAGGAAAUGGAAGAAUAAGAAGUGUUUGGAAGAACAAGAAGGAUCCAGUAAUAGACCCCGUAUGUGUGCAGGUGGAGUGGAUGCACGAGUCAAUAUACGCAUUUAAAAGGUUGGAUGAAAAAGAGUUCAUACUUAAUGUAGAUGACUUAGAGAGUGCUCAGGAAGAGCCAGAUACAAACACGGCCAGUUCAUCAGACGGUAAUCACAGUAAUGAUGAGCUCAUUGAUUUAGAAGACAGUGCGGAUACUUCAAAUACAACAGGCGAAGCAUUUGGGAGCAGUGAUGAUUCUUUGUAUAAAAAGAUACUGGAUGAUAAUUAG